AAUAGUCCUUCGAUUGUUUCACAUCCUCUGAGUCAGACACUGACCAUUAUUCCUAAGAGGGCUGAGAAACACUAGAGAACGUGGAGGAAAAGGAGCCUGGCGGGGGAGCACAGUGUUUGCUUUUCCUUUCUUAAAACCGCGCUCAGCUGCAAUACAAGGCCGCUAGCCGACAGGUGGGUGUGCCGCUUUCUGUGGACAGAAAGAUCUCAGACAGAUCUCUCCCACAGCACACUGUUCCCAGACCCGGUGGUGGUGGUGGGGAGGGUGAGGGGUGUGUGUCUUAAGAAUCAUUUGCCCCAACCGCAGCGCUCUGACCCUCUGACGAGAUGUCGCCGAGGUGUCACCGAUGGCAGGAGGGGUCCAAGUCCGCCUGCCGCCAUUCAGCCGGCCUCCGCUCAACCUAAAAGGUUACAUGUCACUUAUCACUGCUCUCGGUUCCUAGGCCCGGUGAGCCACCUCAGCUAGUCCGCUCCGCCCUGCCACCGCGGGGUCUCGCCGGGGGAGCCAGGCUGAGAUCGGUCGGGGCCCCCACCUUCAGCUCAGCCGUCCUCUAAUCCGGCUGCUGUGGGCUUGCCCGGUUGCUUUGGCACGAAUGAGAACAACAACUAGAAGGCACGCUCCCGAGGUCCGGAUGGGCCUCCGUGGCCCGCCUGGGCCAAGGAAGAGGGCUUUUAGGGCGCACCUUGUGGCGGCCAGCCGGGUCCUGUCCUGGCUCCUCCGAAAGCCUUCCCCGCCACAACUCUAUUCCAAUCGGCCCUGCCCACCCGGCCUACUUCCCCAAGCUCUGGGGCCCCCGUUGAGGUGUCGCUCCCCGCCUCCCGCCUGGGACGCCGGUUCGUGUUGUGCAACACGUGCCGCGCGAUCUUUUUUUUCUCAAACUUCCUCUUCUCCCGGGUCCACACCGCAUUUCUCACCACUCCCAGCGCCCGCCCCAGUGCUCCCGGAUCUUCGCGCCCAAGCCUCUGAUCCCCUUAAAGCCCCCAAGCGGAGACUUCCUGCUCACAAGCCCCGGGCGCUCAGCCCCCGUCCGGCUGGCUGCCCGCGCCCCAGCCCUCGCGGCGGCAGCAUCCUCCGGGCCGCUGCGCCUCCGGGGACGCGUCGGGGUCUCACCGGCUGGGAGCAGUCUGGCUUCGGAUAGUCCAAGAGCCGCAGGGAGAAGCGACCCAGGGCGGACACCGUCUGGAGCAAUAGCAACAGCCCCAGCGGGGUUCCCAGGAAGACCGGUGCCUGAAUCCAAAGUUGAUCACAUUGACUCUCACCAGUGUUGAGCGAAGCAGACCACCUCUGCUGACCUGGGACCUGGAAUAUAAUAGUGACCACUUGAAUUUGCCUGAGGUCAGGGCCUCUACAGUACACAAGUCCAGGAAAUGCCAUCAAUAUCGUAAUCUGUGUGAAUGGCGCCCCCUGGAGUUGUGCUAUGCACAGUGCAAGCACCCAGGCUGUGCGAAGACUGCUCACGAGGUCAGGAAUAACAGUGGUGAGAUGGUUAUGGCUCCUCAGUGCCUCCUUUGCUCCUCAUGGAGGCAUUCCAGAAGUUCUGUGGUCACAGCAGCCUCAGGAGGGAGGGACCUGCCAAGUCACAGAUGUAGUCGACUUGAUUCCUGUGUAUUCCAUCUGGCAAGGUCCAUGUGUAUAGUUACCGUAAUGUUGGCGAAAAAAAUCAUUUGCAAUGAAGAAGUCGUUGGUCUUGCAAAAUUCUAUCAUGUGAUCUCCAGCAUCAUUUCUAUCACCAAGGCCAUAUUUUCCAACUACCGAGCCUUCUUCGUUUCCAACUUUCGCAUUGCAAUCACCAGCAAUUAUCAGUGCAUCCUGAUUGCAUGUUCGAUCAAUUUCAUACUGCAGAAAUUGGUGCUGUCAGAGUUCUCCUGGCCUUAGUCUCCACUGGUCUCCUGAGAGCCUGAGAAGAUGGCUGCAGCAGCGGUGGCUGGGCUGAUCCCUGUCUUCCACUCUGUGGUUGGCGACAAAUCUGGUUACUACAUUGGGCGGCAGCUCUGGUUUGGCUUCAUCGCUGUGUACGGAGUGGUGGUGUACGUGGUCCGCAUGCCCUGGGCCCUGCUGCACGAAGAUUUCUACUGCCACGGCAACAUCACCAAGCCUUGCCUGAUUGAGUGUUUUGAAAAACGUUUUAGCAAACCUGUCGUGGGAAUUUGGUACUUCUUUUUCUUUAUCUUCCUUGCUGCCUUCUUCCUCAUGGAAUUUUUCAUGGCUCAGAUUCGGCAUAAGCAGAUCAAGGUUAAGUCGGUGGAGUCAGGGGCAGAAGCAGAAGAGGGCUCGAUGGUGGGAAUCCAGGAGAAAAUCUCCCGUCCGAAGAAAUCCAUCCUGAACUUCCACCGGGAGAAGAUGCUUUUGCUUUUGUACCUCCUUUACUUCCUCCUGCAGGUUGGCUCCCAGUGCGUGUUUUUAUUCAUUCUCAUAUCUCAACACCUGCCCGUGGUGAGCCAAGCCACCAUGCUCUGCACCAGCAAUAGCUGCCCAGGAUCCUAUAUCUGUUUGAUCCGGGGAACCAUGGAGAAGCAAAUGUCCAUCUACACCCUCAUCACCAUGUCCUUCAUGAUCAUCCUGUUCUGCUCAGGCUUCUUCUUGUACAGUAUUCAUCAUUACCUGCUAAAAGGCUUUGCAAGAGCUAAGUCCUGGCUUGACUGAGGUUGGAAGGGACGAUACCCUUCAUAAUUAGAAGGGUGGUCCUCCCACACACUAGAAAGUUUAUGUUCCUCUAAAUACUGUUUCUGGGGCAGAGCCUCCUCCUGCUAAUUUUCUUUGCUUUCUUCCUGUAUGAAAUAAAUAUUUGCUGUUCUUGUUUCUCUCUUGACAGCCAGGCUAAGGUUGUGUAACUGUAUGGUGAGUGGUAGGCACUGGGUAACAUUUCAGUGCUCUUUCAGAUACACUAGUUAAUUUGGUCCUCAACCAAAGCCUGUGAGCUUUUUACUCACUGCUUCCAAAAUCUUCAAAUCAGGAAGAGUUUUCAGUCUUAAAACUAAGAGUUUUAAAGAUUCUAAAGAGAUUAAUUUACUUGUGCUCUGCCCCCUCCCGUUUAGCCCUUAAAACAGAGGAAAAGGUUAUUUCUCUCCACAGGAAAAUUCUCAGCUGGACUUGCAGGCUAGGUUCACUCUGGUUCUGCCCCUUGGAGAUCCCCGAGUCCCUAGGUGUGGGCCCAGGCUUUGUUCUGGACUUGGUGUGCCACCUUAUUUGGGUCACCAGUGAGGAUGGAAAAAACCUGGAUGGGUCCCGCUGGGGAGGGGAUGGGUGCGACUAGGGGGACUGAGGUUCAAUAGGAGAUUUGAGGUUUCACUGUACCCAGAAUUGCACCUCACUCUCAAGACUGACCCAUAUCUGGAGAUAUGUUGAAGCCUGGCUCAGGUUUACACUAAGUUAUUAACCACUCUUUGGGGUUCUCAGAGCCCUGCCGAAUCCUGUCGCCUGCAAGCCCAAGGGAGUUUGACUUUAGCAAGUGAGACUGUCAGCCAAUGAUGCCUCCAGACAUGGCUAAAGCUCUUCACUUCUGGAGAGGGGCAAAGACGAAAAUCAGAAUGAGGACAUUGCAGGGAAGGUAUGGUCAGUCACAUCAUCCUGUGCCUCAGACUGGCUCCCUCCAAGGGCUCAGUGUCAGACGUGGAGCAGAGGACAGAGCCAGGAGCCCUGUCUUGCUGAGUUCACUAUGUGCUGUCCAAGUGAGAGCAUGAUGUUCCCACAUCACUUACCUGACUGUAGCUGAGAUUUGCCUCUACCAUAGCCUUAGACUGUGUCAGAAAGGCCCCAAGGUGACCUCUAAUGAUUUCUACCCUCUAGUGCCCACGUGGAAACCCUGGUGGCAUAACAGUUAAGAGCUACUUCUGCAAACCAAGAGGUUGUCAGUUCGAAUCCACCAGGUGCUCCUUGGAAACCAUGGGGCAGUUCUACUCUGUCCUAUAGGGUUGCUAUGCGUUGGAAUCGGCUCAACGGCAAUGGGUUUGGUUUUUGUUUUUAGUGCCCACAUCUUUGUGUAAUUCCCUCAUUUUGAGUGCAGGCAGGAACUUUGGUUUGCUUCUAACUGAAUAUGGAAAAGGUGAUGGGAUGUCACACCCUUGAUUAUGUUCCGUUCUAUAAGACUGUUUCAGCAGACUAGAGAGAAAGCCUCUCUCUUGCUAGCUUUAGAGAAGGAAGUUGCUGUGUUGUGAGACGGCCAGGAAGGAAGCUACAUGGCAAGGAAUUGUAGAUACCCUCUUAAAGCCGAGAAAAGCUGCCAGCUGACAGCCAGGAGGAAAAUGAGAACCUUAGUCCUACAACCACAAAAGAAUGGAAUUAUGCCAACACACAAAUGAGCUUGGAAGCAGACUUUUUCCCCAUUUGGAUCUUCUGAUGAGAACACAACCCAGGUGACUCCUUGCUUGCAGCUUUGUGAGACCUUGAGAGAGAACCCAUGUUAAUGGGUUCUGACUCAUGGAAACUGUGCAAUAGUAAAUGUAUGUUGCUUUAAACCUCUAAGUUUGUGGAGAUUUGUUACACAGCAAUAGAUUACUAAUACACUGACUCUGUGGUCCCCACAAAGGUACAUGAGCUAAUGGAAGCUGGGUAGUCUCUGCAUUAAAACAUUUGUGGGCACAUGUUCUUCUUCCAUCCCAGGAAAAUGAUUCUCCUUCACCCUCUCCGAGCAGCUGAUCCAGAUGCACCCUCAGGGCCUGUACAAGUGUUAGCAGUAGUGCCAGAGACCAAAGCCUCUGUGGCUCCCACCCUUCCUUCUAGGUAGGAAGGCUCCUACAAGAUACUGUUCUGAAGAGAUCCACCUUAUUCUGCAUGACCCGUCCUAUUCUCUAUCCUAUUCUCCAGGAAACCCUGGUGGCACAGUAAUAAAGAGCUAUAGCUUAAGAGCUAUGGCUACUAACCAAAAGGUCAGCAGUUUGAAUCCACUAGGUGCUUCUUGGAAAUUCUAUGGGACAAUUUUACUCUGUCCUGUAUGGUCUCUAUGAGUCAGAAUCACCUUGAUGGCAAUGGGUUUGGUUUAUUCUGCAUGUGGGCUCAGCUAGCACCAUGUGUUGCACAUACAAUUAUAAAUAAGUGGGCUUGCUGGGCUCACACAACCCUCACCAAGCAAACAGUUGGCAGCUGGAGUUGCUAGAUUCCACUUUCUACGCUCAUCCUUGCCUAGGCAUCUUUGUGCACCGAGUAACCUGCACAAUUGUGUGCAGGGCCCUGUGAGGCCCCCUUUUGUGCCUCAGUUGGGCUUGUGAGGAGGCUGGUACCCUGUGUGAGGAUUCACCCAGCACCUGUCUGGAGUUGGGUAGGAAAAGGUUACCUCUGAGAUCUGUGGAACAUUUUAGGAGUGAUUCAGAGCCAAGUGUUGCUGUUUACCCAGCGCCUAGAACAGUGCUUGGUACAUGUUGUUGUUGGGGGCCAUCAAGUUGAUUCCAACUCAUAGAGAUCCUACUGGACAGGGUAGAACACCCCAUAGGCUGUAAUCCUUACGGCAACAAAUCUUCAGGUCUUUCUCCCACAGAGUCAUUGGGUGGGUUAAGACCACCAACCUUUCAAUUAAUAGCUGAGUGCUAAACUGUUGCACCACCAGGGCUCCUGGCUUGGUACAUAGUAGGGGCUCAAUAAAUGCUUUUUGGACAAAGGAGUAUAACCAUGUACCCUCAGAGAAUUUUUUUUUGAGGUAGAAUUCACAUAACAUCCAAUUAACCAUUUGAAUGUGUACAAUUCAGUGACAUUUAGUACACUCUCAAUGUUGUACAACCACUGCCUCUCUCUAGGUAUACCUGUAUCUGUUAAGUAGUUACUUUUUCUCUCCCCCCACCCCGCCAUUCUCUGGCAACCACAAAUCUUUCUGUCUCUAUGGAUUUGCCUAUUCUGGAUACUCCAUAUAAAAGGAGUUAUACAAUAUGUAACAUUUAGUGUCUGGCUUGAUUCAUUUAGCAUAAUGUCUUCAAGCUUCAUUCAUGUCAUAGCAUGUAUCUGUACUUCAUUCUUUCAUUGCAAAAUAAUAUUCCAUUGUAUGUCUAUAUGGCAAUAUGUUUAUCCAUUGAUCCAUUGAUUGACUUUUGGGUUGUUUUCACCUUUUGGCUAUUAUGAGUAAUGCUGCUAUAAACAUUCGUGUACAAGUUUCUGUGUAGACAUAUGUCUUCAUUUCUCUUGGAUAUAUACCUAGAAGUAGAAUUUUUGGGUUAUAUGGUAAUUCUAUUUAACUGUUUGAGGAACCUCCAAAGUGUUUUCCGCAGUAGUUACACCAUUUUAUACUCCCAGAAGCAAUGCAUGGUGGGGGGGUCCCUAUUUCUCCACAUCCUUGCCAACACUUGUUUUUUUUAAAAAAUUAUAGCCAUCUUAUAGGUGUGACCCCUACACAUCUGUCAGUUUGUCAUAUUGUGGGGGCUUGUGUGUUGCAGUGAUGCUGGAAGCUAGGCCACCGGUAUUCAAAUACUAGCAGGGUCACCCAUGGUGGACAGGUUUCAGCUGAGAUUCCAGGCUACGACAGACUAGGAAGAAUGACCUGGCUGCCUACUUCUGAAAAGAAUUAACCAGUGAAACCCUUAUGAACAGCAGUGGAACAUUGUCUGAUAUAGUGCCGGAAGAUAAGUCCUUCAGGUUGGAAGGCACUCAAAAUAUGACUGGGGAAGAGCUGCCUCUUCAAAGUAGAGUUGGCUUUAAUGAUGUAGAAGGAAUCAUGCUUUCGGGACCUUCUUUGCUAAUGUGGCAUGACUCAACAUGAGAAGAAAGAGCUAUAAACAUCCAUUAAUAAUCAGAACAUGGAGUGUAUGAAGUAUGAAUCUAGGAAAAUUGGAAAUUGUCAAAAAUGAAAUGGAAUGCAUAAACAUUGCUAUCCUAGGCAUUAGUGAGCUGAAAUGGACUGGUAUUGGUCAUUUUGAAUCAGGCAAUCACAUGGUCUACUAUGCUAGAAACGACAACUUGAAGAGGAAUGGUGUCACAUUCAUCGCGAAAAAGAAUAUUUCAAGAUUGAAUUGACUCGACGGCACUGGGUAUCCUGAAGUACAACGCCGUCAGUGAUAGGAUAAUACCCAUAUGCCCACAAGGAAGACCAGUUAAUACGACUAUUAUUCAAAUUUACACGCCAACCACUAAGGCCAAAGAUGAAUAAAUUGAAGAUUUUUCCAACUUCUGCAGUCUGAAAUUGAUUGAACAUGCAAUCAGGAUGCACUGAUAAUUACUAGAGAUUGGAAUGCGAAAGUUGGAAAAGAAGAAGGAUCGGUAGUUGGAAAAUAUGGCCUUGGUGAUUGAAAUAAUGCUGGAGAUCACAUGAUUGAAUUUUCCAAGACCAACGAUUUCUUCAUUGCAAAUACCUUUUUUCACCAACAUAAACAGCGAUUGUACACAUGGACCUUGCCAGAUGAACACACAGGAAUCAAAUCGACUACAUUUGUGGAAAGAGACGAUGGAAAAGCUCAAUAUCAUCAGGCAGAACAAGGCCAGGGGUCGACUGCAGAUCAGAUCAUCAAUUAUUCAUAUGCAAGUUCAAGUUAAAACUGAAGAAAAUCAGAAUAAGUCCACAAGAACCAAAGUACGACCUGAGUAUAUCCCACCUGAAUUUUGAGACCUUCUAAAGAAUAGACUUGAUGCACUGAACACUAACGACAGAAGACCAGACGGAUUGUGGAAUGAAAUCAAGGACAUCAUACCUGAAGAAAGCAAGAGGUCAUGAAAAAGACAGGAGAAAAAGAAAAGACCUAAAUGGAUGUCAGAAGAGACUCUGAAACUUGCUCUUGAAGGUUGAGUAGCUAAAGCAAAAGGAAGAAAUGAUGAAGUAAAAGAACUGAACAGAAAAUUUCAAAGGUUGGUUAGAGAAGACAAAGUAAAGUGUUAUGAUAAAAUGUGCAAAGGCCUGGAGAUAGAAAACCAAAAGGGAAGAACUCACUUGGCAUUUCUCAAGCUGAAAGAACUGAAGAAAAAAUUCAAGCCUCGAGUUGUAAUAUUGAAGGAUUCUAUGGGGAAAAUAUCAAACAACUCAGGAAGCAUCAAAAGAAGAUGGCAGUAAUACACAGAAUCACUAUGCCAAAAGGAAUUGGUCAACAUUCAGCCAUUUCAAGAGGUAACAUAAGAUCAGGAACCUAUAGUACUGAAGGAAGAAGUCCAAGCAGCACUGAAGGCAUUGGUGAAAAACAAGGCUCUGGAAAUUGACAGAAUACCAAUUGAGAUGUUUCAACUAACGGAUGCAGCGAUGGAAGUGCUUACUUGCCUAUGCCAAGAAAUUUGAAAGACAGCUUCCUGGCCAAUCUACUAGAAGAGAUCCAUAUUUAUGCCUGUUCCCAAGAAAGGUGAUCCAAUCAAAUGCAGAAAUUACUGAACAAUAUCAUCAAUAUCACAUGUAAGUAAUUUUGCUGAAGAUCAUUCAAAAGCGGCUACAGCAGUACAUCAACAGGGAACUGCCAGAAAUUCAAGCUGGAUUUACAAGAGGACAUGGAACCAGGGAUAUCAUCGCUGAUGUCAGAUGGAUCUUGGCUGAAAGCAGAGAAUACCAGAAAGAUAUUUACCUGUGUUUUAUUGACUAUGUUAAGGCAUUCAACUGUAUGGAUCGUAAAAAAUUAUGGAUAACAUUUCAGAGAAUGGGAGUUCCGGAACCUUAAUUGUGCUCAUAAGGAAUCUGUGCGUGGUUCAAGAGGCGGUCAUUGGAAGAGAACAAGGGUAUACUGCAUGGUUUAAAGCCAGGAAAAGUGUGCGUCAGGAUUGUAACCUUUCGCCAUACCUAUUCAACCUGUAUGCUGAGCAAAUAGUCUGAGAAACCAGACUAUAUGAAGAAGAAUGGGGCAUCAGGAUUGGAGGAAGAAUCAUUAACAACCUGUGUUAUACAGACGACACAACCUUGCUUGCUGAAAGUGACGAGGACAUGAAGCUCUUACUGGUGAAGAUCAAAGACCACAGCCUUCAGUAUGGAUUACAUCUCAACAUAAAGAAAACAAAAAUCCUAACAACUGGACCAAUGAGCAAUAUCAUGAUAAACCAAGAAAAGAUUGAGGUUGUCAAGGAUUUCAUUUUACUUGGGUCCACAAUCAACACCCAUGGAAGCAGCAGUCAAGAAAUAAAAAGACGCAUUGCACUGGGCAAAUCUGCACUGGGCAAAACCUCUUCAGAGUGUUGAAAAGCAAAGAUGUCACCUUGAGGACUAAGGUGCGCCUGACCCAAGCCGUGGUGUUUUCAAUCACCUCAUAUGCAUGGGGAAGCUGGAUGCUGACUAAGGAAGACUGAAGAAGAAUUAACGCCUUUGAAUGGUAGUGUUGGCGAAGAAUAUUGAAUGUAUCAUGGAACAAGUCUGUCUUGGAAGAAGUGUAGCCAGAAUGGUCCUUAGAAGCUAGGAUGGUGAGACUACAUAUCCCAUACUUUGGAUAUAUUAUCAGGAGGAUCGGUCCCCAGAGAAGGACAUCAUGCUCGGUAAAGUAAAGGGUCAUCGAAAGAGAGGAAGACCCUCAAUGAGAUGGAUUGACACAGUGGCUGCAACAAAUGGCUCAAGCAUAGCAACAAUUGUGAGGAUGGCACAGUAUUGGGCAGUGUUUCAUUCUGUUAGUGCAUAUGGUUACUACGAGUUGGAAUUGGCUUAACAGCACCUAACAACAACAGCAGUAGCAGUUGUGAGGAAACCCUGGUGGAGCAAUGGUUAAGUGCUACAGCUGCUAACCAAAAUGUCAGCAGUUCAAAUCCACCAGGUCCUCUUUGGAAACUUUAUGGGGCAGUUCUACUCUGUCCCUAUAGGUUGCUAUACUGGAAUUGACUCGGGUUUUGAUUUUUGGUAGUAGGUGUGAAUGGGAGUAGUGGUGGUUCAGUGGUAAAAUUCUUGCUUUUGAUUCCCAGCCAAUGCACUUCAUGUGUAGCCACCACUCAUCUAUCAGUGGAAGCUUCUGUGUUGCUAUGAUGCUGAACAGGUUUCAGUGGAGCUUCCAGGCUAAGAUAGACUAGGAGGAAAGGCCUGGUGAUCUGCUUCUGAAAAUCAGCCAAUGAAAAUUCUAUGGAUCACAUGGUCAAAUCCGGAACUGAUCAUGGGAAUGGCACAGGACUGGACAGCUUUUUGUUCUGUUGUGCAUGGGGUCACCAUGAGUCAGGGCUGACUCCACCGCAGCUAAUAAUAACAAGUGGGUGUGAAGUGGUAUCACAUUGUGGGUUUGAUUUGCAUUUCCUUAAUUGCUAGUGAUGCUGAACAUCUUUCCAUGUGCUUAUUGGCCAUUUGUAUACCUUCUUUAGAAAACUAUCUGUUCAAGUCUUUUGCCUAUUUUUUAAUUGGGUUGUUUGUCUGUUAUCGAGUUGUAAGGGCUCUUUAUAAAUUCUGGGUACUAAACCCUAGUCAGAUACAUGAUUUUCAAGUAUUUUCUCCCUUUCUAUAGGUUGUCUUUUCAUAUCUUUUAUGGUGUCAUUUGAAGCACAAAAGUUUUUAAUUUUGAUGAAAUCCAAAUUAUCUAUUUUUUCUUUCGUUGCUUGUGGUUUUGGUGUCAAAUCUAUUGCUAAACCCAAGGUCAUGAAUAUUUACCCCUAUGUUUUCUUCUAAUAGUCUUAUAUUUUUCAGCUCUUAGGUCAUUGGCCCAUUUUGAGUUAAUUUCUGUAUACGGAGUAGGUACGGGUCCAACUUCGUUCUUUUGCAUGCGGUUAUCCAGUUGUCCCAGUACCAUUUUUGAAGAGAGUAUUCUUUUUCCACUAAAUGGUCUUGGCACCUGUUAUGGAUUGAAUUGUGUCCCCCCCCAAAUGCAUGUAAGCUUGGCUAGGCCAUGAUUCCCAGUACUGUGUGAUUGUCCACCGUUUUGCCAUCUUAUAGAUUUUCCUAUGUAUUGUAAAUCCUAACUCUGUGAUGUUAAUGAGAUGGAUUAGCAGCAGUUAUGUUAGUGAGGCAGGACUCAAUCUACAAGAUUAGUUUUUUUUUUUUUUAAUUAACUUUUAUUGAGCUUCAAGUGAACGUUUACAAAUCAAGUCAGACUGUCACAUAUAAGUUUAUAUACACCUUACUCCGUUCUCCCACUUGCUCUCCCCCUAAUGAGUCAGCCCUUCCAGUUUCUCCUUUCAUGACAAUUUUGCCAGCUUCCAACUCUCUCUAUCCUCUCAUCCCCCCUCCAGACAGGAGAUGCCAACACAGUCUCAAGUGUCCACCUGAUAUCAUUAGCUCACUCUUCAUCAGCAUCUCUCUCCUACCCACUGUCCAGUUCCUUUCACGUCUGCUGAGUUGUCUUCGGGAAUGGUUCCUGUCCUGGGCCAACAGAAGGUUUGGGGACCAUGACUGCCGGGAUUCCUCUAGUCUCAGUCAGACCAUUAAGUCUGGUCUUUUUGUGAGAAUGUGGGGUCUGCAUCCCACUGAUCUCCUGCUCCCUCAGGGGUUCUCUGUUGUGCUCCCUGCCAGGGCAGUCAUCGGUUGUA